CACAAGUAGACCUCUAGUCAUACCGGUAUCAUCGUCAGUUUGCAGUGGCGUUUCGAGUAUUCAAAACGUCUCAAAUAAUCACACACGGCUUUUCGCUGGAGUCGUGCUAACACACUUACUAGUCACUGGAUGAUACUCUGAUUCAGUGUUAGAUAUUGAUCUUGUUUUUUUUUUUUGUCUUUCCUGUGUGCCGCUCUCGCUCUAUGUUUUAUAUUUUUAUUAGAAAUUCAUCAAAAAUAACUUUUAAUUUCUGGUGUUUUUUAAAUAGAUUAUUUUAUUAUAAUCAAAAUUAAAUGAUUAUUUUUACAUAAACUGUGUUCGUCUAUUUAUAUGGUUCUAUUAAUUUAAAAGAAAAGUUUAAAUUCGAUUAACAAAAUUUUGAUAAUCUAUCGGUCGUUCUAUCAAAAACGAAAAAAAAAAAAAAUACAUUCUGUGUGUGUGAUUUCGUAAUCCGAUAAAACCUCUAUCAACUUGAAAAUGAUGUGGAAGCAGGGUUUUAUGCUUUUAGCAUGUUUCGCAACAGUAAUCUUCGCCCAAGGAUUAACCUCAUGGGGAUCAUCUGGAGCAGCUUCAACUUCAAAUCGUCCAACAACAUCACCUGCCGAAUAUUUGAGAACUGUAUCGAAAGGAACUGAAGACUUUUCACUGGAACUGUUCUCAACGGUGUGCCGAGAAAUUGCCGGCAUCAAAGCUAAUAUUAUGAUAUCACCAUUUACAGUAUGGGCAUUGCUGCUACUUGUUACAGAGGGUUCGAGUAAUACUACCCUAACUGAAUUGCAACAAACACUAAGAAUUUCAGAUAAUCAAGAAUUUCUUCGUGAAAGUUAUCGUACCAUUGAAAAAAGUCUAAAAGUUAACACAAGUACUGUAACAGUAUCAACAAUGCAAACCAUCUUUCGUGAUAUGAAUCGGCCAUUUAAGCGGGACUUUGAGGAUGUUAUUGAGCAACAAUAUCAAGCCAAUGUGAAACCAAUUGAUUUCUUUGAACAGCAAAGAGCUCAAGCUGAGAUUGCUGAUUACAUAGAGAAAGCUACAAGGGGCUUGAUUAAACCAAACAUUGAUCUUGAAGAUCUACAAGAUGCUCAAAUGAUUAUGAUUUCGUCAAUUUUCUUUAAAGGUCAAUGGAAGCUGCCUUUCAAUGCAUCCUUUACUAAAACUGAACCAUUUUAUGACGAUGAUGGAAAUGUUAUUGGACAAGUUCAAAUGAUGACACAAACAGCAGUUUUCAACUAUGCCCCAAUUGUUGAAAUGCAAUCUCAUAUUGUGGAACUUCCUUAUGGCAAGGAAGAUCGUCUUUCUAUGUUGUUAAUUGUUCCUAAACGAGGUGUACGUAUAAAUGAUGCUAUUGACAAUCUUCGUAAAGUCGGAUUGGAGAGAAUUUUUACUGAAUUUGAGAACAAAGACAAAAAUAAGGGUGAAUAUGAUGAGGACGAAGUUGAAGUAUUCUUGCCCAAAUUUACAACAACAACAAGUCUAAUUUUGAAUGGUGUCCUAGAGAAGAUGGGAAUUAGAGACGUUUUCCAACCAAACUAUGCUAAUUUGACAAAAAUGUCAGAACAACCACUUUAUCUAUCCAGAGUUAUUCAUCAGACCAAGAUUGAAGUUAGUGAAGAGGGUACAGUUGCUGCUGCUAUUACAGCAGGAAUAUUUGCAAACAAAGCAUCACCACCGAGAUUUUAUUUGAAUAAGCCAUUUGCGUACUUAAUUGUUGAGAAGACAACACGAACUUUACUGUUUUGUGGACAAGUUACUAAACCUAAAUAAAAUAAUUGAUAAAAAUAAAUUUAAAUUUGUAUGCUAAUAUUAUAA